GAUGGCUCAGACAUGGGCAAUUCUGGCUGUACUCCUUUUCUUCAGUCUGACUGAAGGGAUAGCUUACAACAUAGUAAGUGUGGAGGUUGAUCGUGAGGCUGUGUUGAGUUGCCCUUAUGUCUCCAAAGUAUCUUUGCUAAUGGUGACGUGGAAGAUGACAUGCAGCCCUUGCUACUUGGCCUACAGGAGUGAUCACAAUGUGACAAGGAAGCUAAGCUGCAGUGAGAGGGUGAUGUGGAAAUAUUCACCUGACAGGGACCCUGCUCUUCGCAUUUACCCUGUGAGCAUUGGUGAUGAGGGAAAUUACACCUGUGAAAUUGUCAACAGUACAGGGAAUUUUCUUUUUUUCUCUUCUCUGACUGUCAUAGUCCCCCCUACAGUGACUCUGACCUAUGACAAGAGCAGGAUGGCUGUCUGUCAAGCAUCUGCUGGAAAGCCACCUGCUGACAUCUCCUGGAUCCCUACAAGUAAUCAAAGCUCUGAAGAAGUAGUCCAUCACCCCAAUGGAACAGUGACCAUAGUGAGCUACAUAGGCUGGGUCAACAGUACACAUCCCACUGUCACCUGCCUGGUUACCCACCCAGCUACAAACCAAACUCUGUCACUAGACCUGUCAGAUGCUCCCCUGAGGCUUUUCUAUCUUCUGAUAGGAGGAUCUGCAAGUUUUGCUGCUGCAAGUGUUAUCGCUGUUAGUGGUGUGACUGUAUGCUUGGUUUUCAGACGCAGAGCUUUCCAGUCACACAAAUCCACACGUGGCUUGGCAGUACCAUUUGCAACUAAGAACUUCAAGUUCAUACCAUCACGUAAAAGAACAGAAGUGGUCCAGCCUCAUCUCGUAGCAGAGAGUACCUACCAGAAUUACAAUCCAAGAAUGAUAUAUAUGAACUGUUAA